AUGGCCAAGCCUUCUCUAGACGUCGCGGUGGUGGGCGGAGGCAUCAUCGGCGUCAUGGUGGCCCUCGGCCUCCUGCGCCGCGGGAUGCGGGUGACAAUCUACGAGCGCGCCGCCGACUGGCCCGAUACAGGGGCUGCCUUUGCUUUCACUGCCGUGGCGCGCCAAAGUCUGCAGCGGUUGGACCCCAGGGUUCUUGAAGCCCUGAUGCGGGUGGGGGUCAAGGACACAGACCUGAACUCCCAAUUCUGGGAUGGCUUUGGGCCUCGCACCAAGGAGGCCGCUGAGAACCCCGAGACGGGGCUCAUGUUUGAGUCGUACGAUAAUCUGGCUUUCGUCGCUUGCUUGCGGUCGCAACUUCUUUUGGAGAUGGUGAAUGAACUGCCUGAUGCCGGAGGCGUGGUGCAUUUCAAGAAGCAGCUCGUAGGCUUCACUGAUCGGUUGGCAGACGGUGACGACAAGGUCGUGCUGAGCUUUGCCGACGGGACUACGGCCAAUACUGACGUCGUCCUCGGCUGUGACGGAGUCCACUCUUCUACGCGCAGGUCGCUCCUCGGAGAUCAUCCUGCAUCCAAGGCCAGAUAUGCCCACAAGACGGUCUACGGCGCCUUCUUGCCUCUCGAUGGUGCAGCUGCCGCAUUUGGGCCCUCCAAGGCCGGCCGCGGGAGCUUCCAUUCCGGGCCCGGUGCCCAUAUGGUGUCGUACCCGUUGCCGAUGAACAAUGUCUACCACAUGUUCCUAUUCGUCCACGACGACAAUGAGUGGCCCUUUGAUCGCAGCAGCGUCGUCCCCAGCUCGCGCGACGAGGCGCUGAAGGCGUUGGAGGGCUGGGGCCCGCACAUUCGCGAGCUGGUCGCGCUCUUGCCAGAGCAGAUCAGCAAGUAUGCCAUCUUCGACAUGUACGACCACCCAGCCCCGACGUACGCCAAGGGCCGCGUGUGCAUCGCCGGUGACGCUGCCCACGCAAGCAGUCCCUUUCAUGGCUCCGGCACCACCAUGGGCGCAGAGGACGCUCUCGUCCUGGCCGAACUGCUGGCAUGCGUCCAAUCUAGCCCGCUUGAGGGACGGCCGCGCCGGUUGGAGGCCGCGCUGCGGGCGUACAGCGAAGUGCGCAUGAGCCGUAGUCAGUGGCUCGUGCAUAGCUCGCGCGAGAUCGGCGAGAUGUAUGAGUUCCGCUAUGCGCCGGCCGGCCGGGAUAAGGCCAAGUUUAAGGCCGAGUUCGAGACACGGACGAGGAAGAUCUGGGACUAUGAUGUGAAUGCAAUGGUAGAUCAGGCUAGGAAGGGGUAUGAGAAGAAAUUGGGAGAGUAUUCUUGA